AUGCUACUGUACAUUGUAUUAUUUAAAUUUAUGUAUUUGGUGGCAAGUAGUGAUGUCCGUUUAAAAAUAGCUGACGAUGUGGUAGCGUGCGAUGAUUUCGAUAAUCAAGAAUUACAAGUGGACUUAAAACUGGGAUUAUCAAAGGGAUGCGGUCCUAAACUCAUGGGGUUGAGCGGAGUUAUGAGUGUAUUGGCCACUGUUGAUGAUGAACACAUGUUGGCAUUAAGUGUGUACAAAGAUACAGAAGUUGGUAAAGAGAUGAUGUUCACAUCCGAAGUCGGUGUAUGCUCUAGUUUAAAGGACGAAAAUGCACCUUGGGCUCCUGUUGUGGAAAGUAUGCAUAUCACCUCUUGUCCGAUUGAAGUUCUGGAUUAUCCAAUGCAAAACAUUAUGCUGGACCUUAAUGACUGCGUUAAUGAUAUGCUGACUGAGGACAACUGUGGAGUUUAUGCGGUAGAAUUGGCAGUCUCUAAAAUGGGACAAAAAGUAUCAUGUCACAUGUUGGCUGUGGAAAUGUAUGAAUUUGAAGGAGAAGAAGAGGAAUCAGAGGAAGAUGAUGCCGAGGAGUGUGAAGAAUAA